UAAAAUGCAUAAUUCGUUAUUCUUCAUACAAUGCUUGAACUCAAUUGUUUUUAAUAAAAAGUGUUGUUAAGUGUUUAAUUGCAAAUAUAAAAUGUUAUUACUAUGAAAUUACAAAUAAGGAGUGUAUCAAAUAACGUAUAAUAUACAAAACAAAUCAACUCAACAGAAAAUACAAAAUAUAUUGUGAACAAAAAUGAAAGACACGGGCAUCUGAGUAAGAACGAUUUCCCAGCUAAUUGAUAAGGAAAUCAAACUAACCGAACGUUGUCGGUAGUGCCGAAGAGUAGAGGGGUGGUGACAGCAACAUUGAUUCCGAUGAUAAACAAACUAAUUGUUAUCUAACAAAUAAUCUACAAACAAUAGACGACCACAGCUGUGUGCUUCCGGAGAACACUUGUUCGGGUGUAAAGCGCACGUGUAGGACACGCGGCCCGUUGUAGAUACGAGCACAAGCCAUAUCGUUUUGUGACGAAAGUCAUAAGUCAAAUACGAGUACUGAAAUCGGAAGCGACGCGUGCGCGCACUUAGAAAGCAGAACUUUUGAAAGGAAAAUGCUAAAACUAUUAAAUGCCAAUUAUUCAAUUAAAUAAAUGUGUUUACGAACGAUUGGACGAGUCAACAAGUGAAGGGAAUUACAUUAGCAACAACAAUAUUAAUACACGUCAGUCCGCACCUUUGACUAAUAUAACCGCAAAAAUGUUCUCCCUCGACAAUUUCGAUUUGGAAGCGACAAUGGCGCGACACUUUUUCGAAGGCUCACAGGCGACGAAUGGUUCCAGCUCCAGUUCGGAGUUCUUCUUUGGCGAUGAUGACAACAGCUCGGAGAGUGAUGAAGAUGAUGCGUAUAGCAGUGGCUUCAAUAGUGAUCAAGAAAACAAUGAAAAGAGUCGCUUGCACAAGACGCGUCGUUUGAAGUGUGCCUCGCAAAUGGCGCAACAGCGACAAGCGGCCAAUUUGCGUGAACGUCGUCGCAUGCAGAGCAUCAAUGAGGCAUUUGAGGGUUUACGUUCACACAUUCCCACUUUGCCAUAUGAGAAACGUUUGAGUAAAGUCGAUACACUGAAAUUGGCCAUCAGUUAUAUAACUUUUCUUAGUGAGAUGGUGAAAAAGGAUAAAAAUGGCAAUGAACCGGGCUUGAGUUUGCAGCGCAACUAUCAAAAGGAGCCGCCGAAGAAGAUCAUCCUAAAAGAUAGAAGCGGCGGUAUUGCACAUUCGCUGUCGUGGUAUCGCAAGGGGGACCGCUAUCCGGGCAGUAAACUCUACGCACGCACCUGGACACCAGAAGAUCCCCGUGCACCUACACACAGUUCACAUCACCAGCACAAUCACAAUGGUGUACACCAGUCAUUGGGGCAGAUGCCUUUACAGCAGCAACAACAGCAUCAGCAACAUCAAAUAACAACAACAUCACAACAAUUUCACAAUCACAAUCAGAAUAGCAAUCAAAGCGACGACUCAACCAGCGGCUAUAGCAAUUUAGGUGAAGGCAGCAGCACUGGUGGCGGCAGCACGUCAACGGAGGGAUAUUGCGGUGGCGGUGCCGAUGGUAUUGGCGCGUCAAAGUUGCAAAGCGGUGGUGGCAAUGGUGUGCAUCAAAAUGGCAUCUAAACGGAAUAAUAACGAAUCUUGAGAGUGCAAUUAAGAAACGGAAGUGAGAAUGCAGAACUGAUUUCAGACAACGAUGCUAGUCAAGAGUGUGUUAGUAGUUAUUACGAUAAAUAUGUAUGUAAAAAUAUUAUAUAAAUAUUAAGUAAAAGUUCUUCUUCGACGUCAAGGCAAACACCAAGCUUCUGCUGUGAAAUCCUCGCGAAACACUUUAGCAUAACCUCUACAAGUCAUGAUGAUAGGUCAUAUUUACUUAUUUACUAACUAAAACAAGUUCUUCUGUG